AUGGAGCAGAUGGACGUCGUCUUAUAUACUAUACUAGCGAGUAAUUACUACAGUGAGCGGUCGAGUGAUGCAAGGUGCAAGCAGGUUGAUACCAGUAGCAGUAAAAGUCUAGUCUUGAUUAGGGUAUAUGUUCUUUGCCAAGAACGCAGCAUAUAUUGCAACAGGGAUGUGCGCAGCCAGUUCCCUCUGCACGCCUGGGUUCGUGCGGCGCCCGGCAUGAGUGUGCACAAGCUUCUUCAGAAAAUACAUGACCAACUGCUGCUAAUUAGCAUUGCCAAGAAUCAUGGUGCCACUGCCUCCAGCUCCAAAAUCAUACCACAGGUCAAUGGAGACGACACCGAACAUGCUUCGACUGACCACCGGCUCACCGGAUUACUCAAGACCGCAAGGUAUUUGAUUGUGAUUGAUGGUGUGAAUACACAUGAGUUGUACGACGUACUAUCUGCCUUCUCUUGGGCUGAUGGAGUGGACGGCAGAAUUAUCAUGACGACGGCCAUUCAGCUGCCAGAAGCGACAUGCUGCAGAUGUGGCAACGGUUCACCACUCGCCAUAGAUAGCACAAGCCAGGUUUUCAUUGGAGAGCUGACAGAGAGUGGAUUUGUGGAGGCCUGCCUCCAUCUUCGUGAUGACACAGUAGCAAGAAUGCAACGCAGCAACAACGAGAUCCUAUCCAGUCCCAUUGUCCAGGACUUAUUGCUGUAUUUCUGCAUGUUCCCGCGCGACCAUCCUGUCAGGAGGAAUCCCCUGAUAAGGCGCUGGCUGGCUGAAGGACUUGUGUUUCCUCAACCAGAAACAGAGAGUUUUUCCCAGGAUGUUGCAGCCAAGAAUUUGGAGAGCCUCAUCAGCCGCAAUGUCAUUCAGCCCAUUCAAGUGAGGAACUAUGGAAAUGUGAAGAGGUGCCAAACUUUUGGGAUGAUGCUCAACUCCAUUUCCAGCAAAUCCAAGUCACAGAACUUCAUCACCAUGCUGUGUGGUAGCCAGACGACGGAGAGGAAUCCGGCUGGCAAGGAGAUUCGCCGGCUUUCCCUCCAUCUUAACGGUGCGGCAAACGGGCCACUGAAUUUGCCAAAGGAAUUAUCUCGUCUCCAUACUUUGGCAGUAUUCCCUGAUGAUGCAAAUGUCGCCAGGCAUCGGGCUAAUUUGAAUUAUGCCAAGUAUAAGCUAUUGCGAGUUUUGGAUCUCAAAGAAUGUGCUGAUGUGAAAGCAGAACAUGUUGGGAAAAUAUGUGACCUGUUGCUGCUCAAAUAUCUGAGCCUCGGCGACAGUAUUGACAAGGUUCCAAGGAAAAUAGCGAAGCUAAAAUGGUUAGAGACUCUCGACAUGAGGAGAACCCAGGUAGUGACACUGCCAAUUGAAGUCCUCCAGCUCCCCGGGUUGAAACACCUCCUUGGAAAGUUUCAGCUAGUUGACGGUGACUACACACAGAAGAAGCUGGAGAAGCUCGUGUCAAAAGAUAGUGAACUGCAGAGGCUUUCCGGAUUUGUCACCGACAAAAGCGAAGGGUUUGCGCAGCUGAUGAGUCGCAUGGGGAAGUUGAGGAAGGUGAAAAUAUGGUGCGAUUCCACCGCAGAUGUGACGAAACUGGUUCAUGUUUUAGGAGCCACAAAGAAAUUCAUUGGUGGAGGCCUGGAUAUGACAAGAGUUGAUCGUUCCUUAUCUAUCGACUUCCAAGGAUGCCCAACAGAAUGCUCAGAACAGUUCAUGGAUUCUCUGAAAGCUACAGGCCGUCUUACCUCACUCAAAUUGCGAGGCAAGCUGACGCAACUCCCUCAGUUCCGUACAAAGCUGAACUACAUCGAGGAGUUGUGCCUCUCAAGGACUAGUCUGAGCGGUGACACAAUCCUGAGUGGCCUGUCUGGACUGAAAAUGACACUGAAAUAUCUCAAGCUGGUAGAAGAUAAGCUUGGUCACUUGGUCAUAAAACCAGAGCAUUUCCGAAGCCUGAAGGGCUUAUGCCUCGUGGGCGAGCAAAGUCUGGAGGACAUAACAAUCCAAGAUGAAGCUGUGCCUUACCUUGUGUCACUUCAUAUGCUUUGUGAAGCUCAGGGUGAUCUUCCAGGCAUCGACAUCACACGCAUGGCAAGGCUAAAAGAAGUCGCGCUCCAUUCUGGAGUAGAAGAUACGAUAAAGGAUGGAUGGCAAGCAGCUGCAAUGAACCAUCCUAAUAGGCCCAGCGUUUUGUUUAUCCAUCAUGCUAACUCCUCGGCUAGAGGCUCUCCGCCGUGCGAAGAAGCAGGGGAAAUUGUAAAUCGGACCAAACCUAUUGGGAGAAAAUUCACCGCCACCAUCAUGGGGGGCAUCUUUUCUCGUGCACGGCCAAGGUCCUGAUGCACUGAAGCAAGUCGCAUCGAUCAUGAGCGAACUUUUGCAUCCAUUCGCUGCUCGAUGAUGUGUGUGCUGCACGAUGCGGCCUUCGGGAGGUGUGACUUCUCCUUUGCGAGGUGGCUGCUGGUGGUGAGUAGAUUGAGAUGAUGCAGCCUCUUUGUGAUGAUUGAUGAUAUCAUGAUAAGAAAUUUACGAGCGAAUUCCGCCGAUAACGUUUCAUGGAAGAACGGAGUAAAUAUAGCCAGCCAUACAGGUACAUUGUGUAGAGAUGUUGCUGAUUAGAGAGUUUGUUAAUUUGAUUCGAUACUGAGUUUGUACAAUGGAACAGCUACACUUCUCUAUUUUGCAAAUGCAUCGAAUAAAGGAAGUUCAGGCAAAAAAAGAAGAAGGAAAAAAAGGAAGGCCACCCUCUGCCAUAAAUCCUUUUGUAACCAGGGAGGGAGAUGGCGUAUAUUUACUUGUCCAAAAAAAGAGAGGCUAUAGUACUAUUUUUCGGUCUCCAGUGCGGCAGUGCUAUUGUUGCACUAUCAUGUUAUUGAUUUUUUUUAAAUCU